AUGGCACAAGUAAAUGAACCUCUAACUUGGGAAUCAUUAGAGAGAUGGACUACAGAAAAGUUACAAAAGAUGUUGGGUUUCCCACCAGAUGAAAUCAUACGUUAUAUCUUUGCUGCGGAGAGUAACAGUGAUAUCGAUAACUAUUUAGUUGAUCUUCUUGGAAAUACAAAGAAGACAAGAACAUUCAUUGAACAACUUACAAAGAAAAUCAAUUCACUACCAAGAAGAAUAGUUAAACCAGUUGAAAAACCAAAAACAAAUCAAACCAAUAAUAAGAAUAAUAAGAAUACUAAGCAACAACAACAACAACAAGGUGGUCGUAACAACAGAGAGACAACAGUCUCAACGAAAAAGUCGAUACAGUCAUUCUCAGAGAUUGAAAUACAAGGUAGAGCAGGUGAUCCUUGUGAUUGUCAAGCCACUAGACAUUCAUUGAUAACCAAUUGUUUGAAUUGUGGAAAGAUCAUUUGUGAACAAGAGGGUAAAGGUCCAUGUAAAUUCUGUGGAACUCCAUUAUUCCAAAAGUCAUCACCAAAUAACAGCAACAACAACAGCAACAAUAAUAGUAAUAAUUCAAGUACAAGUCAGCAACAAAAGGAUAGAGAUUUAGCCAAUGCAAUUCAUUCAGACGAGCGAAAGUUCAUUGCUGCACAGGAAGCCGCUUAUAACGAGCAACUAGAGAAGGAGAAGCGAUCUAAUCGUAUAUCGAUCGACGUGGUCGGUGGUCGAAUUGUUGCUGCCAGCGCACGUGACAUCAAAGUUGAGAAGCUGGAUUUGAAACCAUCGUCUACCUCGGUCACUGGAAAUAGUACCAAUGUUCUUGAGGAUCUCGUUUCCAAGGAAAAGGUUGAAGCUAAAUAUACACAUCAACAUCUGAAGGGCAAAGUUUCAAUGCAUUCUCAUUCGAAAGAAUCAGCCGAUAGCAGCAACAAGAAAGGAAAAGGUGGAAAGGAUAAGGAUAACACUAAGGAGGAGACUGUUGCAACAAAACUUCAAAAGAAAACAUCGAUAAAUAGCGCUGUACAACAAUACUAUGGAGCGGAAGAAGAUCUGCUCGUUUUGAACUCCAAGGAUAUCAAGUCGAAUCGUAUCCAAUUCAAAGGAAUCAUGGAGGGAUUGUGGUACAAUAGCAGUUCUCAAGCAAUGCGUGUUCCCUCGAUCGAUGUCUACAUGAACUAUUUGGAUCAAUUGAAACAUAAGGACUCCAAUUACUUUAUUAUCUCACCGGAUAACUAUCAUUCGACCACCGCCACACUGGACACCUCCACCGAAAACAUUGCGAAACCAGUCGCCAUUCCAAGUGAUACCGUUCAGUUUAUAAAGAAACUGGUUGAAUUUGCAAAGACAAGAGGUAUCACUAUCAACAUCGCUAUGACACUGCCAAAGGAUUUCCUAUUCACAAAGCCAGAGUCGCUCGUUGCCAUGAGUGGAAGACUAACGAGUUACAAGCAGCUCGGUGUCAACGACUUUUCCAUUGUGUUACCCUCGCAUUUCAAUGAGAUGCUAGCAGCACCGAUAUGCGCGCCAAACUCGGCAACUGCCGAAACCAACACUGCUAAAGCAUACUCUAGCGCACAAGUCACCUUUAUCAACCAAUUGCGUAAACUCAUUGCAAUCGAGAAGUUCCCACAUCAAAACAACAACAACAGCAAAGGAAGAUAUAAUAAUAAUAACAAUAACAUUAAUAAUAGCAAGUUGAAUUUGGAUCCAUAUAACAGUUCAUUCUCACAGGAAUUGAGUAAUCUUAAAUUGACGGGUGUAUUGGCAUCACCAUUCGAUUGUCAAUUGCAUUUGGAUGGCUUGGAGACAUUGAUUCCAAUGACCACUUUUAUUCAAUUUUUGCAAUCGCCUUCGACUUACUCUGGCGAGUUGACACUCAGAGCUAAUCUCCUAGAGAUGAUUGGAAACGAUCAGUUGGCAGAGUCAUUCGCCGACAUAAUCAUUGCACUCUCAAACGGAGUGCUAGAGCAACUUAGUGAUAAUCAAAUGACAACCAACCUAGAUGAUCGUAGUAAACUAUUCAUGUCAUUGCUCAUCGAGAAAUCAAAGCAUGUUGCUGACUUUUUCCUAUCACAAAACAACGUUGAUUUCGCCAACAAGCUAUUGAAUAUAAUUAAAGUGUUGACACCCUAUUCAUCAACCACUACAACAACAACAACAACAACAGCAACAACCAGUAGUUAA